AUGGAGCGGGAGGACCUGCUCCAGAAUACCGACGAAUGGCUCAUGAGCCGGUUCCGGCUACCGCGGGCCAUCCUCCUGGAGCUGUGCGAGGAGCUCCGGCCGGCGCUGGAGCGAUCAACGGCCAGAAGCCGAGCGGUGCCCGUGCCAACGCUGGUGCUGGGCACACUCGGCUACUUGGCCACAGGAUCCUUCCAGCGGGAGAUGGCGGACCGUGCUGGGGUGAGCCAGUCCACCAUCAGCCGGGCCAUGCCUACGGUGGUGGACCAGCUGAUCCGCCUCUCUAACAGGUAUAUUAAAUUCCCCUACGGUGCGGUUGAACAGGCCAAUAUUAAAACGCAAUUUGCAGCAAUAGCCGGAUUCCCAAACGUAAUCGGAGCUAUUGACUGCACUCAUGUUGCCAUAAAAGCGCCGUCCCUUGACGAGUACGCUUACGUCAACCGAAAAGGCGUUCACUCCAUCAAUGUGCAGAUCAUCUGUGAUGCACAGAUGAAUCUGCUCAACAUUGUUGCGAGGUGGCCCGGUUCAACGCACGACUCGCACAUCAUGUACAACAGCACUGUUGGGGAGAGGCUCCAGGCAGGUGCAGUUACAGACGGGUGGCUGCUGGGUGAGUAAAUAUGUAAUGAUAUAAUGUUAUUCAAAAACUUGACGUGCAUCAGUGACUUGAACUAAAUGUGUGCAACGCUGAUAUAUUGUUCUCUGCGUUUGAUUGCGAGUACUCGAUGGAUGUUCUGGGUUAUUGAUUGCUUAUUGCUUGCUAUUAUUACAACGCAUCAAGCCCAAGACUUAACACACUGUGCUUUUUCUGAAGGUGACAGUGGCUACCCCCUCAGGACCUGGCUGAUGACCCCUCUCCACAACCCCCACACUGACCGAGAGCGGAGGUACAACCAUCUCCACUCUCGCUCUCGGUCAGUGGUGGAGAGGGCCAUCGGCCAGUUAAAGGGUCGGUGGCGCUGUCUGGACCGGAGUGGCGGCAUGCUUCUGUAUCGUCCGGAGAAGGUGUGCCGCAUUGUGAUGGCGUGUGGCGUCCUUCACAAUGUGGCACAACUGCACCACAUCCCCAUGGCUGAGCAGCACGUCGCCCCAAAUGAUGAUCCAGCAGCAGACGGAGGGAUGCGAGCUGAUCCCUGCCGGGCCGCCGUCCUCGCGCGGGAGAAUCUCAUCGCCACAAUGUGAAUGGGUAAGAAGUGAAUACACAGUUUAAUGAGCCAAAUUAUUUUAUUUUGUCCACCAGACGCUCGAGGACAUUGACGAGGCGGUCCAGCCGCUCAUUGAUCCCCGCGAUCCCCCUAAUUAUUUGUUCCUGUGAUUGCAGGACCGCCUCCGUGAGGACCCUUCCACUGUGUCCGGGUGGUCCAGCGGAAGCGCCGCGCCUGGUGGACGCUCCAUUGCUUGUCGGCGCGCUGGUGCUGGGGCCGGGGGCGGCCCGAAUGCCGCUGGUCCUGGCCGACGACUCCGAGCCGGCGGACGGGCUGCCGCGGGCCGGGGUUCCACAAGCCGGCGACUCGGCCGACACAUUGAUUUCUGUGACACAAUAAAAAUAUUUGUUCAUUUCAAUUCCUGCUUCUGUGUAUCUGUUGCGUUUACAUCUAUGGCAAAGCAUGUGGACAUUUGUGUGACACGCUACUUACCCUCCAGCAGGCUGUCUGAGUCGCCGCGGGUAGCGGCGACAAUCCCCCCCACAGAGGCACCCCCCAUAAUCGCCACCACCCGCUGCUCAAACGGCGUGAGGGUCUCCUCCCCCGGACCCCCACCUGUCUGGCCGGUACUCCUCCGGAGGGCAGCUGUACGCCGCUUGACCUCCACCUUGAGGUCCGACCACUUUUUUUAAUCUCCGCGGGGCUGCGUGUCUCUGAACCCACCGCGUUCACCCUCUGACAAACUUUCUCCCACUCCAAGCGUUUUCGUUUUGCACUGACGCCACUGGACAGGCUGCCAAACAAAACACGCUGUCGCUCCUCCACCUCCGCCACCAGCACCUCCACCUCGCACGCCGUAAAUUUAGGUUUUCUUGUCAUUUUGUCUGCGUGCGAGGACAGGGAGACCCUAUUUAAAUAAAUCUGCAUAUUUAUAGGAGGGCGUAAGGGGGGCUGGCCCAGUCACUCCGACAUCUGCGCUCAUUUCCACGCUGAUUGGGAUGUAUCAAGGAAACACGCGUGGAUUUCGGCGCCCGCACACAUUGAUACAUACGGAUUUUUUUCAGCGUUACAGACCUUGCGUGCGCUUGUUUCUGGUAUGAGUUCCACGCAAGUGUUGAUACAUGAGGCCCCUGAUGUUCAAAGAGUGUAUUCCCUGACCGGGAAUCGAACCCGGGCCGCGGCGGGGAAAACGCCGAAUCCUAACCACUAGACCACCAGGGAGUUGGUCAUGUUUUUUCUAGAGCAUCUGUGAAUUUGAUGUAUCUUUGUUUGCAGUGGAAUGAGGUUGCGUUCGAAGCUUUCGCUCUUAAGGCCUCAGGUUGGAUAUGA